GCGAGGCUAGUCCCCGCUGAGCGUCGCCAGCGGCCGGAGGUGUACGUGCAGCCCGCCCGCCCCGCCCCGCGCGAGCACCAGCGGCGCGGCCCGCAGGCACACGCAGCGCACGCGUGCCAGCCGAGGGGUGUUCCCGGGUGUUCUGCAUCAGCUCCCUGUCGACCAUGGCCGACUCGGCGGCAAAGACAACUCCAGAAGGCGAUGCCGCCAAGGACGCCAGCAAGGAGGCACCCAAGGACGCCCCCAAGGGCGCCGCCCCCGCCUCCAACGGGACGGCGACGCCCCCGCCGGCGUCCGCGGCACCAGCAGCCUCCUCGCCCCCCAGCGCCGCGUUCAAGGAACAGUUCAAGGCCUUCAGCAAGUUUGGCGACACCAAGAGCGACGGCAAGCACAUUACACUGUCCCAGAGCGACAAGUGGAUGAAGCAGGCCAAGGUCAUCGACAAGACCAUCACCACCACCGACACCGGCAUCCACUUCAAGAAGUUCAAACUUCUCAAAAUUACCCUGUCCGAUUACAUUAAGUUCAUCGAAGAUCUCGCGAAGGCGCGGAAGGCGGACGUGGAGGAGCUCAAGAAGAAGAUGGCGGACUGCGGGCCACCGGGAGUGACAAGUGCGGUGGCGAAGUCGAAGGCGGACGCGGCGGUGGAGCGGCUCACGGAUGUGACCAAGUACACGGGGUCGCACAAGCAGCGCUUCGACGAGGCUGGCAAGGGCCGCGGCCUCGCCGGCCGGAAGGACUCGAAGGACGGCUCGGGCUACGUGCAGGGCUACAAGGACAAGGACACGUACUCCAAGACGCACUAGGGGGAGCAGUAGACGGACCAAACUGAGAGAGACCUCUGUCCGACUGAGAGCCGCGACACUCCAAACCCGACGGCUUUUCAUUUUUUUAAACUCUUCUUACGUAUUUUUUUUAUUUGUCUCGAACAGUUUCACGAACCAUAUUUCAACGACCUUGGUUUAGAUUGGGUGCCUUGGCGUCCAUGGACAGUUUUUUUUUAAUUUAUUUAUAUGAAGGAUGGUCUCAUCGCACAAAAGCCAGAAACCAGUCUGAAGCCAACAGCUCGCUGUCUGCAUGGGGCACCAUCCCCUCUCGAUGCUCCCCUUUGCGCCGGAAGUGGCAGUGUGUGUAAGGCCGGAUAGUUGUAAGCGAAGAGGUUUUGACGAUUAGAGUAUGACGGGUACCGGUCCGUUAUCCAAUUCCAGGCACCUGUGCGAGUAGGGUUUUUGUCUUUCUCAUUCUUCUUAUAUAUCAAGUUUUUUCGUGUUGAUGUGGUUUCAAACAAUUCCAUUUAGCAAUUCAUGUCUCUUUUUCGUUUUGUUUCAUUCGACUUUUUAACGUUUCAAUCAGAUAUUUCAUCUGCUUUGAUCCCGCUUUUAACUUUUAAUAUUAUUUUCAUUGUGUAUUGUUGCUGUUGUAUCGUUUCCCCGCUUUUUGCCAAUCCUCCGCGUUUUACGAAUUUCUCAAUUUUCUUCCAGUUUCAAUUUUUACAAUCAUUUUUUAAACUUCUUCGAUCUCCGUUUUAUUCCGAUUACAAUUUUUCCUAGAUGUUCUUAAAAUUAUUUCCGUUACAUUACGUUCAGUGUUUGUCUAGCUUAGUGAUCGGUAAUUGUUUCAAAUGUUCUGCGUUAUCCAAUAUUUUCUUUCAUUUUUACAAAUUUCAAAUACGCUUUUAUGUGUGUAGAUUUCAUUGUAGUAUGUCUUUGUGAUUUUCAAUAUUCCGAUUUUUCAUUCAAUUACAUUUCAUCCUUUUUGCCAUUCUCUCAAAUUCUCGAAUUCUUUAUCAUUUCUAGAUGUUCUUGGUGUCUAGUAGUUCGGCUUUAUUCCCCACCACACUCGUGGUUGGUUUAGAUGUACAUUUAUUGUUCAAGCGUUAGAUUUAUUUUGCGAUAUAUCGCGUAAGAUUUGCGAUAAGAAUGAUUUAGUGUGUGACUAUUGAAGUAGGAGAUGCAUCAUCCGCAUCCGUAUGUGUAUGAGUUCGUGCGGGUGUCAUUGCGUGGGUGGCGGAUCGGACAGUAGAUUGGAUGGUCGGUAGUAAUAGAGUGAAGGCGGUAGUAUUGACAGGAGAAAGGGAGAGAAAGAGAAGGGAUGGUAUACCACAUGCAGUCAAGCGUCGCACCCAACAACUGUCGCGAGGCUGGUAUCUGUAGAGUUGAGGGGACAUCAUGUGCGUUGCAGUACCGUUUAAUUCUGUCUCAAAAUAAUCAAAAUGAACUUGUAACUACUUUAUCUUGGCCCUUUCGGUGAGAAAUUACUAUACAUUUUUUAGACCCUCUUAUUGGUCGCAAAAACAUGAGACGCUAUUAUUCGAACGCUUCUUGUGUGAAACCCGUUUCAAUUAGAUGUAUAUUUUGUAUAUUUCCAAUCCUUUGUUACAUAUUUAAUUUUAAUUUAUGACGGCUGUUAUCCUGUUAAACUAAAACUAAGCAGUAAAUUGGCACAUCACUUCUGUUAUAAUUGUGUAAUAUUUAUACAUGUUGAAUUUCUCACUUUAUAAGUUUUGUUCUAAUUUCCGUUUAUUCUUAGGUAUUGUUGUUAUUUUGUUACCCUGUUCAGUUUUAAUUAGAUCGAACCUGUUUAGUGGCACGAUGUAAAUUACAUGGAGAAGUAAAUAAAACUGUGUACUAAGUAUUCAUUGUAA